AAGGCGGAGCCAGCGCGGCGCCGUGACGUCAUCAAGCCGCGCCGCAAUGGCGGCGCCCAAGGUGAAGCAGGACAUGCCCCCGCCGGGCGGGUACGGCCCCAUCGAUUACAAGCGGCACCUCCCGCGCCGCGGCCUCUCAGGGUACAGCCUGUUCGCGCUCGGCGUCGGGAGCCUCCUGCUCGGCUACUGGACCCUGGUGCGCUGGAACCGGCAGAGGAGGCGGUUGCUGAUCGAGGAGCUCGAGGCUCGGAUCGCGCUGAUGCCGCUGCUGCAGGCGGAGUCCGACCGCAGAACUCUCCGGAUGCUGCGGGAGAACCUGGAGGAGGAGGCCAAGAUCAUGCGGGACGUUCCCGGCUGGAAGGUGGGAGAAUCCCGUUUCCACACGGAUCGCUGGGUGCCCCCGACGCUGGACGAGCUCUACUUCCUGCGGCCCCCGGCCGAGCUGGACCGCGAGAAGUUCGGGCUGCAGAACUACGUCUGAAAAUUCCCAAAUUCCCAAAUCCCUCCUGUCCUGGCCUUUGUCCCGUUCUUUUCCGGCUUUUUCCCAAAUUUUCCUCCCUUUUUCCUGUCGCUUUCCGGGCUGUUCUCCCCGGCCCGAGCUCGUUCCAGCUCCUGGUCGUUAAGGAUUGAUAAAUAAAUGAGUUAAUAAAGAAA